AUGAAGCGAGUUCUGAUUCGCCUUCUUGGCUUGGCAUCAAUAGUCGUUGGCAUCGUCGUCACACCCGGGGGAACGGACUAUAACGUGAUCAAGAACGCAUUAACCGCUGCCGCUGUGAAGGACGACAGACUGACACCAGUCGACUCUUCGCUUAUUGCUCCCACUAAACGGCGAGCCGCUGACCCCGUGGAAGUCUGGUCAGCUGUAGGCACAUUUACCAAUGGGCCUGCGGGUUUGGAGACGGGUGUCAUUCUCACAACCGGACAGGCGGCAUCAGCGGCCCCCGGUGUCACUCUCGAUGGCUCCUGGGGCUACGGCCAAGACCGGAUGGUGCUUUGUCCUGUUGCACCAUCGUGCGAAUAUUCCAUUCUCCGCAUGAACAUCACGGCUCAGUCUGGAGUUCGGGCUCUUCGAGUGAACUAUCUCUUUGCAGAAGACGGUCGUCGCUUCCAGCUUGAUGCGGCACAGCUACUUACAGCAGGUAAAAAUCCGGUGCCGGAGAGCGUGGUGGUCGCCAAGCGCGAUCCGCGAAUGAAGCCUGGCGUGCCAGGAGAGCAGCUUGGAUUGUCUUACAAGAUAACAUCUGGAGUUUUCAGCUUCGAUGUUGCGCUGGGGUUGGGAAAACAGGACUUGACUUUCAUUGUGUGCGACAGAGGCGAUAGCGCUGGAGAUUCAGCCGUGAUGUUCAAUAUUGAGGGAUUAUCAUGA